GACAAUAUUCUAGUAUAGACAAUUAAGACACAGUCAAUAAAGACCAUGAAUUCUAGCCUUGAGAUUAUAUUUAUUAAUAGUAGGGUAGCAACCCGAACCCCGAAAACCCAAAGAAUUUUUUGCCAAAAACCCCGACCCGGACCCCGAAGCUCUACCUCGACAAAUCCCGAUCCCCGACGCAAAACCCCGAAUCGGAGUCGGGUUUUUGGCAAAAAUUAUAAAAAGAGGGCGCUGCUUUUUCCCUCCCGAAUGUUUAUCUUAUAGUAUUUCAAUUUACUAGCAUUUCCAAAAAAAAUUUUGAUGGAAUAUAUUAUGUGGAAUCGAAAAGAAUUUGAUAUAGUCUAUAAUUGUACAGGAAUUAAUGUAGAUGAUGUUCCUAUCGAAAAAAGAAGAUAUCCAAUAGCUGCAAUUAUUUGUAUAAUACUUGGAUUUAUAUAUUAUCCUCUAUAUUUCCCUUGUCUCUACUCUUUUUGGAAAAAUAGAAACAAAAAUCCUUGCUAUUUACUGUUAAUUUAUCUCUCAAUUUUGGAUAUUUGUAUACUUUGGAUACCAACUUUUGCAUUUGGAGUUUUUAGCUUAAACGGGGUUGUUUAUUGUUCUUCACCAAUAUUCUCUUACUUUGUUGGUUGUGUUAACAUAUGUAAGUGUUGCAAUCAGGGUGGCCCCUUCCAAAACACUAAAUAGGGAAAAAAUAAUGCGAAAAGGUCAAAAAUAGGGAAAAUCCUCUAGAAAUAUGGUAAAAGGGCCACCCUGAACUUAAUACUCAGACAAUCCUCAAAACUACGAACCCAACACAUUAUCCAGUCAACCACAUACACUUUGAACGAAGAGUUAGGAAAAGCUUUUUCACCCUCCUCAAUUUAUCUACCUUUUCUUCUCACUAACCCAUCUUUUUGCUCACUUCUCCUUUUUCACCCAUCUUAGGGGUGUAUCUUUG